AUGACUGUCAAGGCGCUUCGAGUCCUUUUGAUAGGCAAGGGUGGACGCGAGCAUGCCAUCGCCUGGAAAUUGAGUCAGUCGCCGUCCGUUGCGCACGUCUUUGUCUGUCCGGGCAACGGCGGCACCGCUCGGGGUCGGGACAAUGUUUCCAACAUCCAAGCCCCUGCUGGUUCAGACUACGCCUCCUUGGUUUCGCUGGCGAAUGACUUGAACAUUGGCCUUGUGGUAGUCGGCCCUGACGAAGACGUGGUCGCGGGGCUCGAGGGGUUCUUUCGGCGCGGUGGCAUUCCUUGCGACGCCCCGACAAAAGAGGCUGCAGAGCUGGAGGGAUCCAAGACCUUCGCCAAAGACUUCAUGCGCCGUUGCGGUAUCCCAACAGCAGAGUAUCAGAACUUCGACGAUGUGGCGGCCGCGAAAGAGUACGUGAGGCGCGUCCAUCAUUCGGUCGUGAUCAAGGCCAGCGGUCUCGCAGCCGGCAAGGGUGUGAUUCUCCCAAGCACCAAAGAGGAAGCCUGCGAGGCUUUGGACGAGAUGGUGGUCCACGGCCGCUUUGGGGGCGCGGCAUCGUCCGUGGUCAUUGAGGAACUCCUCGAGGGCCAAGAAAUCAGCAUCUUGACGUUUAGCGACGGCAUAACCACCCUGACGCUACCGCCGGGCCAGGAUCACAAGCGCAUCUUCAAGGGGAAUCUGGGUCCGAAUACUGGCGGGAUGGGCGAGUACGCGCCCACUCCGUUUGUUUCGGGCGCGGAUCUCGAAGAAAUCGAAAGGAAAAUUCUUCGACCUACAUUCGACGGCUUACGAGCUGAAGGACGUGAAUUCAGGGGGCUACUCUUCACCGGAGUCAUGAUGACACCUGCUGGACCAACGGUCCUAGAGUACAACACCCGGUUCGGGGACCCGGAGACGCAGAGCGUGAUGCUCCUUCUGGCCGACGACACGGACCUUGCUCAAGUGCUCCUCUCAUGCACCAACGGCACCCUCGGAAAGACCAGCGUUUCGAUCAAGACGGGUUUCGCCUGCAACGUUGUCAUCGCCGCGGGCGGCUACCCUGGCGCCUACAGUUCUGGCGACGACAUCGAGAUCGGAGCGAUGCCACCCGACGUGGUGCUGUUCCACGCCGGCACGGAGCUAGUCGAUGAUGGCAAGCUGAAGACUGCGGGAGGGCGAGUCUUGUCCGUGGCGGCACACGGCAGGAGCCUCGAGGACUGCGUGGCAGCGGCAUACAAGGGCGUCAACGCUGUCCGUUUUCGGGACAUGUACUACCGCGAGGACAUUGCACUCCAAUGUCUUCAGGGCCAAUAA